AGCCCAAGGAGGGUGGCACGGAUCAGCGGGCUGAGAUCGGGUUUCAGGCUUGGGACUGCGCAGCCGCGGUCCGCGCAUGCCUGAAAACGCGCCGUAAUUAAGUUACGUGCGCGGCGACGCCUGGGCCGCCAUACUUGGGUUACGGGAGCUCGCAGAGGACAACCUCCCACGCGCUUUUCCGGUGUCUCUUCUUUCCUCAGAGUGAGGCAAGACCUAAGAGGCGCUAAAACUAGGUCCAAGGUAGAGAGCGCCUCCGGUUAGAAUGAAGAAAAUAACAAGGUUAUCUCCGGAAGGUGCCGGUUGAGGCCCUCACACGCGAGCGGGGUGGUGGCCGAAGACGCUGAGGGACGGGUGCGUUCUCGCCGAAGUUCAGUUGGGCGAUGCCAACUUAAGGGUGUGAGGGGGGUGGCAAGGAACUGAGAUUCACUCCGCGGAGGCUGGGCGAGUGUGGAAAUCCGAAGGGAGCGGACAGUCGCCGAAGGCCCCACUUCCUUUCCCCAGCCCGUCCCUCUCCGGCCAUGAGCGGUCUAGUGCGCACCGAGCCGCUGCGCGGGGAGCCUCCUCUGCGGAUGCCCGGCGACGCCUUUUCUGUGGUGGUUCUGCUGCAGGGCUACGCGGAGCCCGAGGGGGUCGGCGACGCCGUGCGCGCCGACGGCUCCGUGACCCUUGUUCUGCCCCAGGCCUGGGGCACGGCCUCCGGCCACCGAGAGCCCCCCCCGCCCGAGGGCUACGAGGCGAAGACCGCCCUGGAGGAGGCGGCCCGUGGCCCCAUCCUCGUGGACACCGCGGGGCCCUGGGCUCGAGAGGCGCUCCUGGGGGCCCUGGCGGGGCAGGGCGUGGCCCCGGGAGAUGUGACUCUGGUGGUGGGGACCCACGGACACUCGGACCACAUCGGGAACCUGGGGCUGUUUCCCGGCGCGGCCCUGCUGGUCUCGCACGACUUUUGCCUCCCCGGGGGCCGCUACCUCCCCCACGGGCUGGCUGAGGAGCAGCCUCUGCAGUUGGGGCCGGGACUCGAGGUGUGGGCCACGCCCGGCCAUGGUGGCCAGCGGGACGUGAGCGUGGUGGUGGCUGGCACGGCCCUGGGUACCGUCAUGGUAGUGGGCGAUGUGUUUGAACGUGAUGGGGACGAGGACUCGUGGCAGGCGCUGAGCGAAGACCCGGUGUCCCAGGAGCACAGCCGGAAGAGGGUCCUAGGCACUGCCGACGUGGUCGUGCCUGGUCACGGAGCCCCCUUUAGGGUGAUCAGGGAAGCCUCGGCGCCAGAGACAGAGAGUCUGGGGAACAGCCGGCCAGAUCUCGUGAUCGGAGACAAGGAGCCCACGGUGCACCGAUAAACCCCAGUCUUGACUGGAUUCCUUUCAGGGACCCCAGCCCCCCACCCCCAGACAAGGAACUGACGUCCAGGACACGAGAGGACGUGUCAGAGAGGAGUCAUGGGUUGUCACUUCCAGCCCUUCCAGGAGGCCAGUUUUCCAGCGAGGACGGAGUACUUUUGCCACAGCUGUCACCAGUAUCACUAGGACCGAGGACUGGCUCAGCUGUGUGCCACCUCUCGGGCUUCAUUAGUAAAAUGGGAGAAUGUUCUUGGGAGAGUCUUCCAAAAUAAAAGUAGAAACUGCAUUGAAAAUCAUACUGCCCUUCAACUAUUCUCCAAUAAAAAAGAAAAAAGAAAAAAAAUCAUACUGCCCUAAAUGUAAAUGUGAAGCAUUCAUAGUGAUAAUCAUGCAGAUAAAAUCCAGCAAGUGCAACAAGGGGACACUUUGGCGAUACAUCGCCUGUUUCUCAGAGGAGGCAGCUUGCUGAGAGAAGGUGCAGGGCAGACAGGUAUCAUUCUAGUCAUCUGACUUUAAGUUAUUAAUUCGUUCAAUGAAUGCUGCUUAACACACCUGCAAUGUCUCAAGCACGGCUCGAGGUCACGGGGAUACAGCAGUGAGCAAGCCAGACAAACUCAAGGAGACAGGACACCUUUCUCUUUAAUGAGAUUGUUCAGAUGUGCAAGGGAUUACAGGCAUUUGUGAUCACACUCAUCAGUGGGCUGGGUGCAGAAGACGAGUAGUGACCUCUGGGGAGGCCCUAGGGGACAGUGGAGACAUAGAAUGAAAGGGACCUGGGUUCUCAAGUAGCAGCUUGGAGGACAGCAGUGUGGAAGGCUGCUCCCAGACACUGGCUGGACUUCAGGUGAGUUCAAAAUAAACUUUUGUGUCAAACAGCCACUGAAAUUCCAGGGCUAUUUUUAUUACUGCAAAAAAGAGAAAUGUCAAAAAAGGGAUUCAUUAGGAACUACUAGUGUAUCAGUCUGUGUCCAAUCAGGAGAAAGAAAUCACACAUUAAUUGGAACAGGGAAAGUUAACAUAAAGAAUUAUUAACUGUAGCAGAGUAAAGAGAAUUCUAAAGAAUACUGUAGCGAUGAGGAAGAGAACCUGAAUUCUGAAAUAAAUCUUUAGCUGAUUUGCUCUAAAGUGAUAUUCAUUCCACUAUUUAUUCCAUCUGCUGAAUAUUCUUAAAGAAUAUUUCCAUUUGCAAGAUAUCUACUGGGUUCUUUGUAGGGUAUAAAGAAUUCAAAGUAACAUAUACACUAAUCAAAAUAAAAUUGACUCCAGGAGGGAUCUGAGCUUCUGUUCCCACCUGGCAGCAAAACAGCAGGAAAAAAUGGAGUGAAGAAAUGCUGGUUGGCACUGCACUCCCCCACCCUAAUGUCAGUAGUGCAAAGUGUGGACCUGAACUUCCCCCUUCAUCUGGAGGCAACAAGGCCAUGGGAAUUGGUGCUCCACUUACUCCAGGGUGGCAUCAGCAGGACCCAAAGGGAGCUGAGCAUCCCUCCCCCACCUGGACCUACAUGCUACACCUAAACAGGGUGACUGCCUGCUAAAUAGACCUGGGGUCUCACAAUAUAAUACCUAAAAUGUCCAGUAUACAGGAGAAAAUCACUCAUCAUACCAAGAACCUGGACAAUCACAACUUGAAUGAGAAAAGACAAUCACCCAGUGCCAACACCAAGAUUACUCAGAUGUUGGAAUUAUCUGAUGAGGACUUUUA